GUUACGUUCCGUUUAGCCUCGUAUCACGCUCUUUGUGAGGAUGUGAAACUCGAGGACGCGUAAGAAAAAUACAAAUAUAUUCAGUAACGUGUAUUUAAUGAUUUAAUUGCGUGUACGCACUUAAUGAAUUAAAAAGUGGUUUCAAGUCAAGGGAAAGGACGGACGGAGGUUUCAUGAAAGUGCCAAACACUUCGGAAUGGGACGCGUCCAAAUGGAUUCUAGCCGCUCUUCUAAUCACGACACCGCAACAAGGAAAAAGUGGUAAAGAGGACCAGGAUACAACUAAAUUACAGUAUUAACUGCGCGUCAGACGAAGGACAGAAGGAAGUGAACCAAAACCGUGGCUCUUCACUGUUUAGUGCACUUCAUAUUUGACCAGCGGCUGCCGCAGGCUCCCACGGACACCAUGGUUUCUGCUCCUAUGGACAGAUGAGAGUGUGCAGUCGCUUCAACCGAGCAGCAAUGAGCAAUGUACGGUAGACGAGCGUAGGCUGCGUGGCUCACCAGAACUAAUUCAGUGCUUCUAUUGUGUGAAACCCAGUUGUCUUGAAGAUGGGCCAUCCUCCCCUGGAGUUUAGUGACUGCUAUCUGGACAGUCCGGACUUCAGAGAGACUCUCAAGUGUUAUGAGCUGGAGCUGGAGAGGACGAGUAAAUUCCUCAAAGAGCUGAUAAAAGAUGGCAACAGUGUGAUCACUGCUAUCAAAGGGUAUUCUUUGGCUGUACAGAAGUUUUCCCAGACUCUCAGCAUGUUCCAGUUCGACUUCAUCGGUGACUCCCUGACUGAUGAUGAGAUCAACAUUGCUCAGUCGUUCCAGGAAUUUGCCGGACUUCUGCAGGAAGUGGAGCACGACAGGAUGAUGCUGGUCCAGAACGCCUCCGAUCUGCUCAUCAAGCCGUUGGAGAAGUUCAGGAAGGAGCAAAUAGGAGUCACAAAAGAAAAGAAAAAGAAGUUUGAGAAAGAGAGUGAAAAAUAUCACUCCCAGGUAGACAAACACCUGAAUCUCUCUGCCAAGAAGAAAGAGAGUCAGCUUCAAGAGGCUGAUGAUCUUCUUGACAGAGAGCGAGUGAACUUCUAUGAAUCGUCAGUGGAGUAUGUGUACCAGAUCCAUCAGGUGCAGGACAGGAAGAAGUUUGAUGUGGUGGAGCCGGUGCUGGCGUUUCUUCACAGCAUUUUUACGCUCAACAACUUGACAGUGGAGAUGACUCAGGACUUCAUGCCUUACAAGCAAGAACUGCAGCUCAGCUUGCAGAAUACGAGAAACCACUACGAGAGCACUAGCGAGGAGAUGGAGGAGCUGAUGAAGAGAAUGAAACACCCAUCCCAGAUCAGUAAAAUGCACAGUUUGCUUCCCAUGGAGGGUUAUCUGUACUGUCAGGAGAAGUGGGCUUUGGGCGUGUCAUGGGUCAAAUAUUAUUGCAAGUAUCACAAGGAGGGGAGACAGCUGGUCAUGGUGCCUUGUGAACAGAAGCCUACUACUAAACAGGGCACGACGCAGCUGACACUGAAAUCCUGCAUCCGCCGCAAGACAGAGUCCAUAGACAAGCGCUUCUGCUUUGACGUGGAAACUAAUGAGAGUUUUGUUUUUUUUCUCGUGUUUGAUGUGGUGAGUUAUAUUGCAGUGCAGUCUUGUUUACGAGUGUGUGUAUUCAUCAACAGGAGCUUGUCUGAACCUCUGAUGACCUACAGUCUACACAGAGACCUCAUGUGCGCUGCAAAGUCUGAUAACCUGGACUUCCGACUGAGUGAGAUUCAUUCUCUUUCCUACAAACUACCAGAGAAGAAUCGGGAGAUGCUGGAGAUGCUUAUCAAGCACUUGGUGAAUGUGUGCAGCCACAGUGAAGAAAACCGGAUGACCCCUUCAAACAUGGCUGUUAUCUUUGGACCCACGCUAAUGAGAGCGAAGGAGGAGACAGUGGCGGCCAUGUUGGACAUCAAGUUCCAAAAUAUUGUUGUUGAGAUUCUGAUUGAGGACUCCAAAAAGAUCUUCAGUUAUAUGCCAGAGGACAGCACUGCCCCACCUGUCCCUCCUCCGCGGAUCACCCCGAGAAAGCGGCAACCCAUCACAAUCUCCAAGCGGCCACCUCGUGUUUAUCCAGCUCUUAGUCACGACCACUUGCAGCACACAGAGAAUGGCCAGAACGACUACUCUGCCGUGGACGGGGAAGUCUCAACCAACCCUGUUCCCCUUCAGCGGACAAAACCUGUAAACUGUCCUCCACUCGUUCCAAGAGAACCUCCUCCAAGACAAGCGCUGAUGCCCAGACCAUCUAUCCGUCAGGACAGACACUCAGACUCUGACGCUGGCAAGAUAGACGAUACAAGGCAAAGGCCAGAUUCUUCUUCGGCAGCAAAUGGGGAGUCUGGAGUCUACGUGAGCAGAGUGCCAUCCUUCCAGAGCAGAAGACCACCUCCUAAAGGCACACCAGCCAACCGAGAAGGAGAUUCUGAAGGUCUAACCAGAACGAGGUCCACAGAGAAACAUGCCAUUUGCAGACCCCCUGUCAGGCCUCCCGAGCCCCCCUCCAGAUUCCCUACUCCACAAAAGACCCCGAGUGCAGCCAGCAGCGAGGGCAUGGCCUCAUCCUAUGUCGCCUCAAAAACAAAGUUUUUUGAGAAUGCCUCCAAGCAUGUUGGCAGUCCACCGCCCUCUCCGUCAUCAACAGUGACAAAUGUGAAGAAAGAGAAUUAAAGUUAUGGGGAUUCACACCACAUCGGAUGAUCUCUGCAUAUGCUGUUUGUUGGGUGCUGAUCAAGCUGGAGGGAGUCACCAUCAAUGAACUCAGUGAUCUUAUCGCAUAGAUUGAAGAAGUGGUUCUUUGUAGACCUGAAUGGAUGUAUUUGAUUCCAUUUGAUUUUUAAUAGCAUGAACGACGUUUUGAGGCAACGCAGUAGCAAAUGGACUUUUGAAUGAGCUCGCAAAGUAAUUGUCUCAGAGUUUGAUGAUUAUUCCAAAGUUAGGAUGGAGUGACUGUUUUCCCCUUGUUUCAGGCCAAUUGACAAUAAUGUCAAAUAAUAUUACAAUGUUUUGUCAUUUUACAGUGUUAAAAAGUUUGAAUGGCAAAUUUCUUUGGAGGGAACUAACUGCCAUAACUGGUUAUAACUGGUUACUUAGACGUCUUCUUGUCCAAAUGCUUACACUUGUUUUUAGCAUUGUAAAAUAGAUCUCCCAAAGAAGACUAAUUGAUUAAAUAGGUUUAAUCAUUAUUAAUCUGAAGAAGUAGAUUUUUAGUUAAAUAUUAACUUCUUUAUAAAAUGGAUCAUUUAAUGGUCUGUCAAGGAGCCUAAUGAAGAAAUUUCAUUUUAAGAUAAAUUAUUUCCAUGGAAGGUAUUUUAGUUUAGGUUCAUUCAAAGAAGAAUAUUUAGAUCUAAAUUUAAAUCAUGUAUGUCAGGUCAGACAUAAUGAGUCAUGUGGCCAUAAGUCACUUUUUAAGAGGCAUUACAAAGAAGUAUUGCUAUAAAAUGUCAGCCUGUAUUCCACUCAGUGUUGUUUGAGUUUAGAUAAUGAAUGUAAUGCUAGUGUUAGUUUAAUUGGGAAAAAUUAUAACAAUCACUAGUGACCAUUCCUUUCAUUCCACUUCUGACUUUGGUGUCGCCCACUUCUUACCUAAUGAAGGUAGAUCAGGUUGCACAGGAGAGACCUUGAAGUUUACCUGAAUUUGUUGCACCUCAAAAUAAUAGGGAUCAAAAUGCAGGUCACAUAAGAAUCAAAAGUGAUUGUUUCAAUAUGUGAAUAUAACACUCCAGUGUUUUGUUUUAUUUCUUUGUUCUUAAUAUGGUUAUGUUAAUUUUACACUUGUUUUAUUUUGAUAACCCGACUUGAAAAUUCUGGUUGUUGUCUGGUUGGAUUUGUUUUCAUAAAGUUAAAUAAAAAUGAAAAAGUUCUCAACUGCACUCAAAGCUUGAAACAGA